UGAGUUCGUGGGUUGUGGUGGGGAGCGUAAUCCCGUGGGGAUGGAGUGACCCACUCUCUCUCCUCCUGAAACGCUUCCCGCGGGAGUUUUAGCCGUGUUAUUGUUGGGGAAGGGAAUGUCAAAUUCUGCUCCUGCCUUCCCCCAGGGGCUGGAGACUGGAAUCUUUAUUCCAGUUCAGUGCGGAGCGACGUGGUCUCCAGAAUCCCCGAGUGUAGAGGCGGAGGACAGUGGAGCUGGGGACUCGGGCGCCUGGGUCCUGGUCCCUGAGCGUCCGGCGCUCCCCUAGUCCGCGGCCCUGGCUCCUGUCCUCACUUCCUUCCCCUUUUGGCUCCUGCUCUCGGAGCGGGCGGACGCGGGGGGGAGCGGAAAGGGCGGAAGGGCCCGGGAGCCUAGCGGGAGGGGUUCAAGGGGGUACGGAAAAGCCGGGGAGGGGACUUGGUCCGGGGCCGGAGACCGACGGCAACAGCGGCCCAGGACCCACGCUGCCCCCACCCCUCCCGAGCAGGCGCCCCCAUGGCCCGACCCCGCUGAUUCCUUCACUCGGCCAUGCUCCCGCGGCCCCUGCGGCUGCUUUUGGACACGAGCCCCCCAGGGGGAGUCGUACUGAGCAGCUUCCGAAGCCGGGACCCCGAUGAGGGUGGGGGCCCAGGUGGCCUGGUCGUGGGCGGGGGGCAGGAGGAAGAGGAGGAGGAAGAAGAAGAGCCCCUUCGACUCCACCGGGGCCCUGAGGCGACUGGGGUGGGGCUGUCUGGGCCCCAGUGGGGGAGACCUGGGGUCACCAGCUCCCCCCACCCUUCCUCGCACUCGCUGGUACUAUGCCCUGCCACCACAGGCCCCUGUGUCCGUCUGGGAUGAGGAGGAGGAUGGUGCCGUGUUUACCGUCACAAGCCGCCAAUAUCGACCUCUUGAUCCCUUGGUCCCUAUGCCUCCCCCGCGUUCCUCCCGACGGCUCCGAGCUGGCACUCUGGAGGCCCUGGUCAGACACCUACUGGAUACCCGGACAUCAGGGACUGAUGGGACUUUCAUGUCAGCCUUCCUGGCCACCCACCGGGCCUUCACCUCGACGCCUGCCUUGCUAGGACUUAUGGCUGACAGGCUGGAAGCCCUUGAAUCUCAUCCUACCGGUGAACUAGAGAGGACAACAGAGGUAGCCAUCUCUGUGCUGUCAACCUGGCUGGCCUCUCACCCUGAGGAUUUUGGCUCUGAGGCCAAGGGUCAGCUUGACCGGCUUGAGAGCUUCUUACUUCAGACAGGGUAUGCAGCAGGGAAGGGUGUUGGGGGGGGCAGCGCUGACCUCAUCCGCAACCUCCGGUCCCGGGUGGACCCUCAGGCCCCCGACCUUCCUAAGCCCCUGGCCCUCCCCGGCGAUCCCCCUGCUGACCCCACGGAUGUCCUGGUGUUCCUCGCUGACCACUUGGCCGAACAGCUGACCCUGCUAGAUGCGGAGCUAUUUCUCAAUUUGAUCCCCUCUCAGUGCCUGGGAGGCCUGUGGGGUCACAGAGACCGGCCAGGACAUUCUCACCUCUGCCCAUCUGUCCGAGCUACUGUCACACAGUUCAACAAGGUGGCAGGGGCAGUGGUUAGUUCUGUCCUGGGGGCUACCUCCACGGGAGAGGGACCUGGGGAGGUGACCAUACGGCCACUCCGUCCCCCCCAGAGGGCCCGCCUCCUGGAGAAGUGGAUCCGUGUGGCGGAGGAGUGCCGGCUGCUCCGAAACUUCUCUUCAGUUUAUGCUGUGGUGUCAGCCCUGCAGUCCAGCCCCAUCCACAGGCUUCGGGCAGCCUGGGGGGAAGCAACCAGGGACAGCCUCAGAGUCUUUUCUAGCCUCUGCCAGAUUUUCUCCGAGGAGGAUAAUUAUUCCCAGAGCCGGGAGCUGCUCGUGCAGGAGGUAAAGUUGCAGUCUCCUCUGGAGCCACACUCCAAGAAGGCCCUGAGGUCUGGCUCCCGGGGUGGGGGUAUAGUCCCAUACCUUGGCACCUUCCUGAAGGACCUUGUGAUGCUGGAUGCAGCCUCCAAGGAUGAGUUGGAGAAUGGAUACAUCAAUUUUGACAAGCGGAGGAAGGAGUUUGCAGUCCUUUCUGAGUUGCGACGGCUCCAGAAUGAAUGUCGUGGCUAUAACCUCCAACCUGACCAUGAUAUCCAGAGGUGGCUACAAGGGCUCCGGCCACUGACAGAGGCUCAGAGCCAUCGUGUAUCCUGUGAGGUGGAGCCACCUGGUUCCAGUGACCCUCCUGCCCCACGGGUGCUUCGGCCAACAUUGGUCAUCUCGCAGUGGACAGAGGUUCUGGGCUCUGUUGGGGUCCCUACCCCGCUUGUGUCCUGCGAGCGGCCCGGUAUGGCGGGAGAUGAGGUGCCUACGACUCCUGCUCCUCUGCUGACUCGGCUGGCCCAGCACAUGAAGUGGCCGUCCGUCUCGUCACUAGACUCUGCCCUGGAAAGCAGUCCAUCCCUGCACAGUCCAGCUGACCCCAGCCAUCUCUCCCCACCAGCCUCCUCCCCUAGGCCUUCUCGAGGUCACCGCCGCUCAGCCUCCUGUGGCUCCCCGCUGAGUGGGGGUGCAGAAGGGGCCUCCGGGGGGACUGGAUAUGGGGGAGGGGGAUCUGGGCCAGGGGCCUCUGAUUGCCGAAUCAUCCGAGUCCAGAUGGAGCUGGGGGAAGAUGGCAGUGUCUAUAAGAGCAUUUUGGUGACAAGCCAGGACAAGGCUCCAAGUGUCAUCAGUCGUGUCCUUAAGAAAAACAAUCGUGACUCUGCAGUGGUUUCAGAGUAUGAGCUGGUACAGCUGCUGCCAGGGGAGCGAGAGCUGACUAUCCCAGCCUCGGCUAACGUAUUCUACGCCAUGGAUGGAGCUUCACACGAUUUCCUCCUGCGGCAGCGGCGAAGGUCCUCUGCUGCUACACCUGGCGUCACCAGUGGCCCGUCUGCCUCAGGAACUCCUCCGAGUGAGGGAGGAGGGGGCUCCUUUCCCAGGAUCAAAGCCACAGGGAGGAAGAUUGCACGGGCACUGUUCUGAGGAGGAAGCCCCGUUGGCUUACAGAAGUCAUGGUGUUCAUACCAGAUGUGGGUAGCCAUCCUGAAUGGUGGCAGUUAUAUUACAUUGAGACAGAAAUUCAGAAAGGUAGCCAGCCAUCCUGGGGCAGUGAAGUACCACCGGUUUACCAGACAGCUGAGAAAUCCAGCCCUGUGGGAACUGGUGUCUUGUAACCAAGUUGGAUACCUGUGUGUAGCUUCCCACUUGUGUGUGCUUCCUACCUGUGCAGCACGCAGGUAGUGCUGGAAAAAACGCAUCAGUUUCUGAUUCUUGGCCAUAUCCUAAUAUGCAAAGGGCUAAGCAAAGGCCUCAAGGCUCUGAGCCCCAGGGCAGAGGGAAAUGGCAAAAAGUAGGUCCUCGCAGGAGUUCUUCCCACUCUGGGGAUUUCUAUCACUGUGACAACACUAAGAUAAUAAACCAAAACACUACCUGAAUUCUA